AGCAGCCUCCAACUGAUCUCCGUGUUGCAGACGGUGCUGGUCAGCGCUGGUCAAUGUGACUCUGUGUUUAAAGGUUUCUCAGACUGUUUGCCAGUUGGGGAGAACAUGGCCAACUAUCCCCAGGACCUGGGCGACAGGGACAACCUGCACAAGAUCUGCAGUUACUGGGAUAACUUCCACUCCUGUGCCACGACGGCACUGGCCGACUGCCAGGAGGGCGCCACGGACCUCUGGGAGAAACUGAAAAAGGAAUCCCGCAACCUGGAUUUCCGUGGGAGUUUGUUUGAACUCUGUGGCGGUGGAAACGCAGCGCCCAGAUCGGCCGACGCCAGGGGGCUCGCCUUGGUCCUGACCACGCUGCCGACCAUACUGACUUGGCUGGCGUUUUAACAACAAAAAAAAAAA